AUGGCGAGGAUAACUGAGGAUGCCACACAAGGCUUGAGCAUUGAUCCCGCUAGGGAAGCUCUCAUGCUCUCGAUUUGCUUUGCCGCCGUGUACCCUGUAAAUGUUGACGGAGUCGACCUUGAGCCACAUAUGAUUGAGCUUCCGCCUGAGAAGCAGGGCUUUACCGACAUCACCCUUUGCCUUGUAACCUGUUUCAUGAUUAAUGAAGUGGAAUUAUCGACACAUCCUUUGAGCACAGUCGCAUCAAUGCAAAGCAGAGAAGAUUGCAUCAAGUCUGUGGGGGCAACUCUCCAUGAGCGAUAUCUGAAUCAUUUCGAUCUGAGGAUUCCAUUUCAUUGGGUAUUCGCCACAAUCGCUCGCCUCCAUUUGUCCAAAGCUUGGGUAUCGGUGCAUAAGCAGCUCUCGUCCUCUGAUCCGCGUGAACCGGAACCAGAGUAUAGAGGGUCGGCAUUGGGCUGGCUCUGCAGAAGUCACAAGCAAAAGGAGGCCAUUGUCCACAUUCUUGACGAAUUAAGUACUCGUCCGAAUGGUCCCGAGACGGAUCGUGCUUGGGAAAUAGUGACCAAAACAACGUCCCUCUGGAUGCAAGGUCCUGGGGCCGUGGGAGGUGUGCCUGAGAAGCCUUUGCUUGAACUUAUUCAGCGGGCUGAUAUGCUACGAGAAGAGACGCUGAAGGGCCAAAAUGGACUAGAAAUGGCAAACUUGGUUGGAGUGCCUCCUCUUGUUGAGGAAGAAAUGAUCUCAAAGUAA